GUCCACUCAUCACCAAGUUUACUUUUCUCGAUAUUCCCACUUCCGCGUUUGUUCAAAGUUUGAUGCUAUCUUCACGCGAACAUUUCUGGAACUAAAAUGAAUCUGUGCUACAUGCAUACUGUUGCCAUGGCGACAGUUGUCGCCGUCGUCGCCCCGCUGUGUUGCAAAAACGCGAGUUCUGACGAAGAUUUGAAGAAUCUGACGGGUGAUUUUACUCCAUUUGGAUGUUGCAGCCACCUCAUGUACGAAAGUAAAGGGGAGUUUGAGAGCUACAAUCGCUGUUUUCAGGAUUCUACGGAGCGUCAUGCGUACCUCAACUCAUUUUCUACACAACCUCAGUCCGCUAAGUACGGAAUCAAUCACUUCUCCUCCCUCUCACCUGAGGAAUUUCGUGAUUUGUACUUGGGAUCAAUCUCUGAGCGAGCUCCACCAUUCCUUGGAGCCAAGACAAAAGAGCUGCCGGCCAAAUUUGACUGGAGGGACCGAGCGGUGGUGGCGCCGGUCCAGAACCAGCAAGCGUGUGGUAGCUGCUGGGCAUUUAGCGUGGUGGGCGCCAUGCAAUCGGCCAACGCCAUCGCAGGAGCGCCACUCCAGGAGCUCAGCGUGCAGCAAGUUGUCGACUGCUGCUUGCAAAAUGGAGGCUGCAAAGGGGGCUCCCCAACCAAAGCUCUCCUCUGGUUACAGACGACAAGAGUGAGCCUGGUGCCACAAUCUGAGUACCCCUACAAGGCCAAGAAUGGAAUGUGUCACUUCUUCUCCUGUCGUAAAAGGGGCGUCACCUUGAAGAACUUCACUUCUUAUGACUUCAGUGGUCAAGAGGAGGCAAUGAAGGCAGAGCUGGUAGAGAAAGGUCCUCUGUCUGCCGUUGUGGACGCGGUCAGCUGGCAGGACUACUUGGGAGGAAUCAUCCAGCACCACUGCUCCAGUCGCUGGCCCAACCAUGCUGUGUUGGUGGUGGGCUAUGACGCCACAGGGGAAAUUCCCUUCUGGAUAGUGCAAAACUCAUGGGGUACUGAGUGGGGAAAGGAGGGUUAUGCUUAUGUCAAAAUUGGCGGCAACCUUUGCGGGUGUCUGUUGCCCGUGCCAUCCACCCCCAUGGCAUCGACAUUAAUAUUCUCUUUGCCUCAUGUGUUGCCAGGCAUCGCAGAUUCUGUGGCGGCUGUGUUGGUUUGAUGUGAUGCAAAUAAAUCACUUUACAUGAGCGUCAAUGCUGGGUUUUAUUUAGGCAUGCAC